GUUAGCUUCACAGGGGUUUAGAUCUUGAAUUCGCAAUUUCUGCAGCUCAGCUGGAAUGAUCACAAAUUUCAACCAUAUCUUGUUGAGUCUUAGACACAUAGGUCAUCUUCUUCUAACCCUAAAAGAAUCUAAGAUCGAAUAAUUUGGGUUUCUGCAUAUUUUUUUUUUGGUCGAAGCCUCGAUUCAUGCUGUUGAAGCUACAACAAGCCUGCGAUAUCACAGUUGCUUCAAUUGGGGGGUGGAGAGUCUCAUCAGCAUUGACAAGUGACUAGCCAGGAGCGAGUGGGAGAGAGAGGGAGCCAGUUUGGAAAGUUUUUUCUUUUUUUGGUCUAAACAUGGUUACGGGGUAGUUUCGGUAUUUCAUAAGUAAAGAUGUGUGGGGAACACCGAAAAGGGUUAUCAGAGAUCUUGUUAUUUCCUCUUCUACCUAGGUGGGUUUUUAUGGAAAUGACUAAAAUCUAAGCUGUAACGGCUGGAUUUUGCUGGAAGGGCUUAGAGAUUUUUUGUUUCUGCCUCUUCUGAAAUGGGUUGUUGUGGAAAUGGCUUAAAAGCAUAGCUUUUGAGGGCUAGAUUCUUAGAGAUCAUUCUGUCCGGGUAACAAAGAUGAUGAGUUUUUGAGGAAGGUGUCUUUGAAGUAUUUAUACUGUCCUCUGGAUUCAUCUGUGUCAAGUCUUCAUUACCGGAGGUUGUAGAGCAGAGAAGUCCGAUGAAGAAGCUUAAAGCCAAGAAGGAAGAAGUUGCAGAGGAUUACUGCUUUGUCUGUAAAGAUGGAGGCUUGCUACUUAUCUGUGAAUAUAAGUUUUCAAGAACCAGCAAAUCGGAUCCCAUUCCCGAUGCAGAUCAUAUUCAAUGUUGACUGAUCCCGAUUCUGACGAGUCUAUAGGGCCGAUUCCAGGAUUAAAACAACAGAAUCAGUGGAAUAUACCUCUAAUAUGCCGAUUCUAGGAAUUGUUUGAAAGCUUAUCAUCCUGAGUGUGUGGGAAAGGAGGACACAUUCUUGGAAACUGGAGAACGCUGGAUGUGCAGUUGGCAUUCGUGCUUCAUUUGCAAUAAGAAAUCCAAAUUUCAUUGUUUUUGCUGUCCGAAUGCUGUUUGCCAACGUUGCAUAAAAGUUGCGGAGUUUGUACAAGUUAGAGGAAAGAAGGGCUUCUGCAACAACUGCCUAAAGCUUGCUCUACUCAUCGAAGAAAAUGUGGAUGUUGACUCUGAUGGGGACACGGUUGAUUUCAAAGAAAGAGACACUUGUGAGUUCCUAUUUAUGGAGUAUUGGGAGAUAGUAAAGGAAAAAGAACACUUGAGAUUGGAAACUCUCCUUCUGGCUCAGAAUCUCUUGAAGAAGGGUGAGAAAUAUCACAGUGAGUCAGAUUCUGAUUGUGAGAGGAUGGAUGGUACAAUUGAAGAUGGUAAAUUGCAAUGGAUGGAGGAACCCAAGGGGCAGAAUUAUUUUUCAAUGAAGAUGAUGAAAAGGAAGGUCAAGUCAAAGAAGAAGGAGUUUAUUGGUUGGGGUUCAAGGCCACUUAUUGAAUUUCUUUCCUCCAUUGGAAUUGAUACAAGUAGACAAUUUUCUCAGUAUGAAGUGAACUCUAUCAUCAGAGAAUAUGUCAAUAGGAACCACCUCAUGCAUCCUGUGAAAAAGAAAAGGAUUGUGUGUGAUGGAAAGUUACAGUCUGUUUUUGGAAGGAAAACCAUAAACCGAAAUAAGAUCGAUGAUUUACUGGAAUCACAUUUUUCUGAGAACGUGGAAGACUCAGAUGAAGAUGAAUUCAAAUACAGUUCAGAGGACAUCGAGGAUGAUUCUUCAAAGGCCUGUGAAAGACGGAGGAUAUCAAGCUCAGUAAGAACUCGUAAAAGGAAAAAUGAUUUGGAAGUUCCACAGAGCUGUUUUGCAUCUGUGACACCUAGAAACAUCAAGUUGAUUUAUUUGAAAAGGAGUUUGGUUGAAUGUCUUUUGAAGAGUCCAGAGACAUUUGAAGAGAAAGUGGUGGGUAGUUUUGUGAGGGUCAAAUGCGAUCCCAAUGACUACUUACAGAAAUGUUCUCACAAGCUUAUUCAAGUUACAGGUAUAAAGAAGGCCUCAGGGACAGGUGAUGUCAGUACAGAGAAGAUCCUUCAGGUUUCAGACGUGAAAAAGGAAAUUUGUAUUCGCAUGUUGUCUGAUGAUAAUUUUUCUGAGGAAGAAUGCGACGAUUUACGUCAGAGAGUGAAAGAUGGUCUGUUAAAAAAGCCUACUAUUGUGGAGCUUGAGCAGAAGGCCAGAAUUCUACAUGAGGAUAUAACUAAUCAUUGGAUUGACAGAGAGAUUACGUUGUUACAAAACCUCAUUGAACGAGCAAAUGAGAAGGGUUGGCGCAGAGAGCUCGUUGAAUACCUAGAAAGAAAGCAGCUACUUCAAACACCAUCAGAACGAUUGCGGCUGUUACAAGAGAUUCCAACAAUAGUUGCGGAAGAAGUUGAGCCUGAAGCGAGUCCCCAGGAUUGUCCAUUGGAUAUGAAAGAAGCAAAAGAUGACUCACCAAGAUCGAUAAUUUUAGGGGCUUUGGGAAGAAGUUCUUCUGAGAAUUUAGCUGGUGAUAUAACUGUAUCAACUCAGAUGAUGGUGAAAACCGAUGCUGCAGGAGAUGGGGUUGUGUAUGAUCAGAAAUCUGAAAAAAGUGAAGUUGGAGGUAGUGUAAUUCUCUCUCUCCUGCAUUGAUUUUGUGCAUUUUGUUUAUAUAUGCAAUAAUUCAGCAUACUUUCAAUAGAAAAAAGGAAUUGCAUUGUAGUAAAGCUCCUCGUUGAAAUCUUAAUUUAGAGAUUUGAAAGGCAAUGUAAAAUUUAGAAGGAAGACCCUCUACAUGAGAAAGAUGCUUCUGUAGAAAACUAUAUUAUCUGCAGCCAAUGCUCUAUUAGACACCGUUCGGCACCGAUAUAUACGAAAGAUUAGUGUGGCAACUUAAUGAAGCCUUGAGAAAGAUGAAGGUCAGCAAGACACCAAGCCUAGAUGACAUCCCAAUAGAAGUGUGGAAGACCCUAGGUGUAUGUGGAGUUUACUAGUUAACCAAGUUGUUUAACAAGAUUAUGAACACAAGGAAAAUGUUAGAUGAAUGGUGGAAAAGCAUUGUUGUUCUGAUCUACAAAAAUAAAGGUGAUAUUCAAUGCUCCAACAACUACAGAAGCAUAAAGCUAAUGAGUCAUACUAUGAAAUUAUGGGGGAAGGUUAUAUAGGCCCGCUUGAGAAGAGAGACUCGUAUCUCUGAGAAUCAAUUUUUCUUUAUGAGAUCCUGGUGACUAGUGUGAGAUUUGUGGAAGGCUAGGGCAAGGAAUUCCCAAUUACGAUCGGUUUACACUAGAGAUCUACCUUAAGCCCUUAUUUGUUUACUCUUAUCAUGGAUGAGCUAACCGAGUGCAUCCAAGAUGAGGUCCCAUGGUGUAUGCUUUUCGCCGACGAGGAUGAUAUUGUUUCAGUGGAUGAGAUAAAUGAAGGGGUUAACACAAAGUUAGAGCUGUGGAGAUCAACCUUGGAAACAAAAGGCUUUAAGAUUAGUAGAUUGAAGACUGAGUAUAUAUGGUGUAACUUUUGCUACACAAUGUUGGAUAAUAAAACGGUAAAAAUUGAGAGAGAUACAACAAAGUGACUAUUUUAGAUAUCUGGGGUCAACCAUAAAUAAAGAAGGCUACAUAGAGGAUGAUGUUUCACAAAGAAUUAAAGUGAGAUGGAUGAAGUGGAGAGGAGCGACUGUAGUGUUUUGUGACCGACGUCUCCCUUUAAAGCUUAAAGGGAAGUUCUAUAGAUCUGUUGUACAACCGGCUAUGAUGUACGGGGCAGAGUGUUAGGCUGUAAAGAAGUGGCACAUAGAUGAGCUAUGUGUAGCAGAGAUGAGGAAGUUACGAUGGGUGUGUGGCAAAACUAGGAAGGAUAAAGUAAGGAAUGAGCUGAUUUGGGAAAAAUUUACCCUGAUUAAUGACGAGCUCCGAGAAAUCCGUUUGAGACGGUAUGGACAUGUUCAACGGAGGCCUGGUGAUGCCCCUGUAAAGAAAAGUUUGUGAUAACAAUUGAAGGAGCUAAAAGAUUUAGGGGCAGGACUAAAAUGACCAUAGGAGAAGUUGUGAGGAAUGACAUGCAUAGCCUAGGUCUUGUCCCAAGUAUGACUUCAUAUAGAGCCUAUUGGAGGGCUAGGAUCCAUGUAGCCGACCUUAUGGAGCUCAGUUUCUCUUGGUUUGCUGGGCUUUGCCUCUUUCCCCUUACUGUCAUUUGUCUUUCAUGUCUGGUAUCUUUUCUAUUACUUUUCUUUUGCCUGGUUCCUAUGAUGUUUUGGAUCUCUAUUUUUCUCUUUUUGUUUUGCGCAUAUCCAUGUAGACCCCAUUAAAUUGGGAUAAGGCUGAGUUUGUUGUUGUUGUUGCGAGGCUACAAGAGAGCAACACUUAUUAACCUACAGACUACAGUAGACCAGGAUCAAACAUAAAACUGAAUAUAUGAUCAGAAUAUAGAAGUUAAAAUAUCUCAAAGAACAAAAGAAAAGAACAGAAGGAUUGGUAGUGAAGGGGAUAAAGGUAGUCUCUCUCAACCAUGACCUUUCGCCACUGUCGCUCACAGCUUCCAAGCCGAGGCUCUCUUUUCUUUAAACUCAAUCCUCUUUUAGGCACUAAGGCCCUAACAUAUAUAGAGUACUGUGGUAACCUUUACAGGAAAGAAAAUUAAAUAUAAAAAAAAUUCAACAAGUAAUGGCCCACACAUGGUUUUGGAUACCUUGUGCAUCAAGAAGGAUAAAAAAAUGGAAACUAACCUAAAUUACCUUGUAAUUCUAGUUAGAGAAAAUACAAAUUGAAUAAUCUCAAAAUAAAAACAAAAAGAAGUCUUUAAAGGAGUCCACACAAGUCAGCAACCUCUUCCAGAAAAUAAUCUCCGUGUAAUCUUUUCAUGGCCCUACAAGAUGCCCUAGAAGACUUUUUCCGCAAAGAAGAAACUGCUGCAUCAUAUACUCCAUGCGACAGCCUGGCUGAGUAAGUCUAUUCCUAAAUAUUCCAC